GCGCAUUAGUUCAUUUUCACCUCCCCUCAGCCCUGCUCAGUGCUUUAUCAUUUCAUAGUUGUCUUAGUGAGAGUUUUCAAGCUGCAGAGAUGACCGAUGUUCAACUCUCGUCAGAAGCUGUCAACCAAAGCCACGGAAAAGAGACAAAAUGUAACCAUUUAGCAGACACUAAAGAGAAGAAUUGAGCUGUGGCGAUCGACAGAAUGUUCUAGAAGGGUCAUGUGAUGUCCGGAGACCAGUUAUGUCGCACUUUUAAAAAAAAUACUCUGACGUACGUCUGUGGAGUUCGACCGCCGUCGUACAAAUAAACGUGAUCAAUUGUAAAACACCGUUUCGGGUCGAAGUCAGGUAUAAAACGGGAAUGUUACUAAGGGGUACGUUUUAAAACAAUGUUUUCUCGGUUUUAAAGGCGCGAGGGGAAGAAGGGAGCACGUGAGGGGUCUUGUCCAAUGGGACUGGGCGCUUUCAGCAGGAGGGUAUAAAUACCAGGCGGUUGCCGUGAGAGACGUCCGCCAUUGAUGACUAACCUUUCACAGAAACGAGUUAUUUCAAACGUAUACAUGUUUAUGGUGUUAAUUUGGUCUGCUGGCUAAGAAGGCUUAGCUUAAAAUCUUUAAAUCGUUUUUCAGAGAGGUUUUUUUCGGGCUCAAAACAUCAACAAGAUCCUUCGGUUGGUGAAGUUUUCCAGCUAAGCUCCUUCUGCACUGCAGCGUCUGUCUCAGUUCGGCCGUUUAAACUUUCUUUGUUGUGCUCGAGACGGAAAGUGGCACAGACAGUGGAUCUGUAAUGCUCGCUGAGCUGCCUAGGUGUAGCGGCGAAAACCCUUUUCACACCGAUCAGCAUCACUCCCAGGAUCAGCUCAGGCUAUGUCUGAUGUGAAACCCCCACAGCAUUUCACCAUGAAUGGGAAUCCCCCUCCCCCAGAGUUCAAGAACCCCAAAAAGCCUGGCCGCCUCACCAAUCAUUUGCAAUAUAUAGAAAAAGUGGUGAUUAGGGCCCUGUGGAAACAUCAUUUCUCCUGGCCAUUCAGACAGCCAGUGGAUGCGGUCAGACUCAAUUUGCCAGAUUAUUAUACAAUCAUCAAAAACCCAAUGGAUUUGACCACCAUUAGAAAGCGUCUUGAGAACAAUUACUACUGGAAAGCGAUGGAGUGUGUUGAAGACUUUAACACCAUGUUUACAAAUUGUUAUGUCUACAAUCGGCCUGGGGAUGACAUUGUUCUGAUGGCUCAAGUGCUUGAGAAGCUUUUUUUGGAGAAGGUGGCAGAGAUGCCUGAGGAGGAGUAUGAGAUUUCUGCUCUGACAACUAAAGGUCCAGUAAAAGGCGCAAGAAAGUCUACAAUAGGGUUAAAGAAGAGGCCACCGUCUCCAAUGUCUGAGGUUGUUUUCCAGCAAACCGUGACCGUCAUCCCUCCGGAUGCUCUUCACACAAUUCCUUCUGCUCCCCUGUCUGCACAGCUCACAGCAAAAUUAAAAAAUGGCGUGAAAAGAAAAGCAGACACUACGACCCCUUCUGCCUCUUCCAUCCCCAGCUGCGAGUCAUCACCUUGUGUAACAGAACCAAAAGUCCUUAAGUUAUUCUCCAGACGAGGCAGUGGACGACCCAUCAAACCUCCAUGCAAAGACCUUCCUGAAUCCCCACCACAGCAUCAGGUGGGCCGAAGGACCAAACUCUCAGAGAGACUCAAAUACUGCAAUGCCAUCCUAAAAGAGAUGUUUUCCAAAAAGCAUUCAGCUUAUGCCUGGCCCUUUUAUAAACCUGUGGAUGCUGAGACACUUGGUCUUCUUGAUUAUCAUGAAAUCAUCCACCAACCCAUGGAUAUGAGCACCAUCAAAAAAAAAAUGGAAGCUCGCGAAUACACAGAUGCACUGCAGUUUGCUGCAGAUAUGCGGCUCAUGUUCUCAAACUGCUACAAAUACAAUCCACCCGGCCAUGAGGUAGUGAGCAUGGCAAGGAAACUCCAGGAUGUUUUUGAGUUUCGCUUCUCCAAGAUUCCUGAUGAGCCGAAGAAUGCAAACCCAGUCUCUAGUCACAACAGAGUAAAGAAAGAAAGAGCACGCAGUCCAUCCAGCUCUGAAAGCAGUGACAGUGAAUCAUCGUCUCCUGAAAACUCCUCUGACACUGAAGAGGAGGAUGAAGAGGAGAGAGCGCACAGGCUUGCCAGUCUGGAAGAACAGCUGAAAGCAGUACGAGAGCAGCUGCAGUUACUGACCCAGACACCUCUAUUGAAACCAAAGAAAAAAGAAAAAUCCAAGAAGAAGAAAAAGAAAGAGAGGGAGUCCAGUAAACGAAAAGGUGAAGAAAUGAAGAAACCAGCAAAAAUACUGAAGCGCUCAAGCAGCAGCAAGUCAUCAGGGCGGAAAGAGAGUAGAGCAUGUGACUCUGAGGAGGAGAUGAACACUUUGCCUAUGUCUUAUGAAGAGAAACGCCAACUAAGUCUAGACAUUAACAAGCUUCCUGGAGACAAACUUGGGAAAGUAGUGAACAUCAUCAAGGCACGAGAACCCCUGUUAAGGGACACAGACCCUGAAGAGAUCGAAAUCGACUUUGAGACUCUCAAACCAUCAACUCUUCGAGCUCUUGAGUGCUAUGUUGUGGGUUGUCUCCGGAAAAAAACUAAAGAAACCAACAAAAACAAGCCCCCAAAGAAGUCUAAAAUCAAGGAAAAGGAUAAAGACCUACAACACGCAACUGGAGAACAAAACUCUCAUAAAAAGACCAAAAUUGAAACUGAUGGGGAGAUUAAAGACACGACCCAUCCUUCUCGUCUGAGUGACAGCAGCAGCAGCUCGUCCAGCUCUGACAGCAGUAGUAGUGACUCUAGCUCCUCUGAUAGCUGUGACUCUGAUUCAGAACAGAAAACUAAGAGGAAGCAAAGCAAAGGCCCUGGUCAUGCCAACAAAAUUAAAAAGAAGGCAUUGCGGCAGGCCAAUGCUGAGGUAAAGGACUCUUCUUCUGCCUCAGGCGUGAUGUGCCAGUCUCGCCCAUCCUCACUAGUCUCAGAGACAGGCUCCAAAGACCUGUUUGCAUCACAACACGCAAAGCAUCCUGUCGAGGACAUCACAGCAAUCACAGGCAUCCCACCACUUCUGUCACCUUUGACCUCACCUUCUGCAGCCAUGCCUGCCACAGGAUCCCAGUCUACCUCCAGUUCCCAGUUUGAGCAAUGCAGGUUGUUGUCACCCCUCCAUGAGAGUCCAUUAGCCAGUAUGAGGAAUGAGCAGGACUGCCCAGAGACACCAGAAGAGUCCUCCGUUCAUCUGCACAAAAUACAUGGAGCUAAACAUGAUGACAACGAGCUAUGCAAGUCUAUUCAAGAUGCCAAAUCCAACCUGCCUAAAAAGGAUAUUGUUCUGAAGCAUGCUGACUCUUGGACGAGCCUUGGUAAGCUGGCUACUCAAACUCCUUGCACCAUCAAAUCAUCCAAAGAAAGUUUCCAGCAGUUUCGCAAAGUUGCCAUGGAGAAAGAGGAGCGGGAGAGAGCUCGAAAGCUGCAGUUGGAGGCUGGUAGAGAGAAGAGCAGCACAGACAAAAGCUGUUUGACGCAGCAGCCCCAGAAGGCUAAGCUGGAGUGCCAGCCUUCAAAGCCAGAAGUGGAGUCAGCAGAGUUGCCUCUGAUGGCGGCCAUCUUGGACACCCCCAAAGCCCCUGAGCCCAGUUCUGUUCUGCAGAACUCUGUUGACCGAGAACGAGAGAUGGCACGCAAGAGAGAACAAGAGCGCCGCAGGAGAGAGGCUAUGUCAGGAGUCAUUGACAUGACCAUGCAAAGGGACAUAAUGGCGACCUUUGAGAAGAACUUGGAGUAAUUUAUGAACAAAUUUAAAAAAGAAAAGAAAAUGCUUGUUUGUAUUGUGUUGCUGUUCAGUGAACAGUGUACGCUCUCUUUUCCCUUCCCUUACUUGCUCCACGAGUCCUGGUGACUGAAACGGGUGAAAAUACUGCAAUACAGCUGCAUCACUUUACAUUUGUACUAAAAUAACUCUUGUAAAAAAAAAAAAAAAUGAAAACAGUAGUGGACUGUGUACGAUGUUGUAAGACCAAUAUCUGCAUCAUUAAUAGUGUUUGAGUGUGUAUUCUUGAGUUUGUGUUAUUUUGAAAAAAUGCCUGCACUGAAUUGCUGCCGAAUGUGAGAAACGGAGGCAGUUGAGAAUGAGAGAAUGAGAAUGUUUCACAACCCUUUCUUGUGUUCCUUAACUUUUGUUAUUCUGCAUUUGUUUUAUACCGAAGAAUGUUUACUUCUCUUGAUUAUUGUUAUUGCAAUCACAAUCUUUGACACAUUCCAUCGACUCUGCUGUAUGAAUAUUGCGUAGCUGGUCGUCUUGCGCUAGCUGUUGUCAGGUCUGUAAGGGAUAUUCCUGUGCAGGGCUUCGUGCCUGUUUAUUCUGUUAGCUCAUAUGUGUUUGACUUGAUGCAGCAAUUUAAACCGGAUAUAUGCUGGCUGCGUUAAGAUUGUCCUGUUUGAUUUUCUUUUUAUAUAAAUAUAUAAAUGGUAAAACAUUUCUCUAGUGUCAGAAAUGUAACAUAUGCAUGUGUAUGAAUAUAUAGCAUUUUGUUGCUGGGGACAAUUAUUUUUCCCCUCUAGAUGUCCGCCUUUUGAAGAAUCAGACUUAUUUAGAAGAGUUAUUGCACUUCCUGUAUAUUUGUAUCCACGUGGAAGUGCAGUGCCAUAAAGUUUCUCUCUCAGAGAUGACUAGGCAGUUCUCUGUGCCUGAAGUCUGUGUUUUCUCCAGAGCCGUGUUGAUUCCGAGGUGUGAUCUGGUGAUUUGUACUGCACUGAAGACAUGUUCAGAAUCAUUUCUCUUGACUGUAAUGGUUGUGGCAGUUUUCAUCACAAGCACUUUAUUCAUUAAACCACCAUGCUGAGGUGUCACAUGCUAUUGAGGGAAAUACUAAUAUAUUAUUUCAAAGAAAUCACAUUCUAAAAGUUAAAUUAAUUAAACAAGUAUUUUCAUUAAA